GACGUUGCGUUGAUUUUGAGCGGAGGAAUUAUUUAUUUAUAAACUGACGCAAGGGCGCUAAAUCUAAAAUAAACCGCAAAUAAAAUGUAAUAUCCCAUUAUGUAUGCACUGAUGAAGCAGCUACACGCAUGAGAGGAAUUGUAUCUUAAGAUAAUGGCACCCCGAGUGAAACUGGAGAAAGCCGCUUGGCUUUGGGUGGAAACAGUAAAACCAGACGACAUUGAGCAGGAACACAUAGAGCUAGCAUAUCGGAUCAAUAUCCCAGCCUGCAAAAGAGGAAUCUGCAGGAGGAAUUGUAAAGGGAAUCCCAACUGUCUUGUUGGUAUUGGGGAACAGGUGUGGCUCGGUGAGAUUGAUGAAAACACUUUCCAUAAUAUUGAUGACCCAAAUUCAGAACGCAGAGAAAAGAACAUAUUUGUUGGCCUGACGAACCUUGGUGCAACAUGUUACGUCAACACAUUCCUGCAAGUGUGGUUCCAUAACCUGGAGCUUCGGAGGAGCCUUUAUCAGUGCCAAAAUUCGCGGGCGCAGGAACACAACAUUGAUUCUGAUUAUGAGCCCCAGUCCAUAUGUGAGCAUCUGCAGUACCUCUUUGCACUCCUGCAAAACAGCAACAGGAAGUACAUCGACCCAUCAGGGCUCGUCAAAGCGCUGGGUCUGGAUACGGGACAGCAACAGGAUGCCCAGGAGUUUUCCAAUCUUUUCUUGUCUCUGUUGGAGGAGACAUUGUCUAAGGAGAAGAAUCCCAACUUGCAAAAUCUCAUUCAGCAGCAGUUCUGUGGACAGUUCUUCUAUGUUACAAUAUGUAAUCAGUGUGGAAGGUCAUCUACUUUGCCGUCGCGGUUCUAUGAGCUGGAGCUGAAUAUUCAGGGCCACAAAAACCUCACUGAAUGCAUCACAGAGUUCCUGAAGGAAGAGAAGUUGGAUGGAGAGAACCGCUACUUCUGUGAAAACUGCCAGAGCAAACAGAACGCCACCCGGAGGAUCCGACUCCACAGCCUGCCUCCAACCCUCAACCUGCAGCUCAUGCGCUUUGUCUUUGAUAGACAAACGGGUCUGAAGAAGAAGCUCAACACUUUCAUCAAUUUUCCUGAGCAGCUGGACAUGGAACCGUUCUUGGAACAAAAACUAGACCAGAAAUGUGUCUAUGAGCUGAGUGCAGUGCUGAUCCACCGGGGAAUCAGCGCCUACUCUGGACACUACAUAGCUCACGUGAAGGACGCUCUUACUGGAGACUGGUACAAAUUCAACGAUGAAGAGAUCGAAAAGAUGGAGGGAAAGAAGCUGCAGCUUGGCAUUGAAGAGGACAUUGCUGAGACGGGCAAAACGCAGUCACGGAAACCAAAAUGCAGUAAAGGCUACCACUGCUCUAGAAACGCCUACAUGCUGGUGUAUAAAGUCCAGGAAGACGAAAGUUCAAAUACCUCAAGGACAAACGUUGAGGUCCCUUCUUUCCUUCAGAAGUUGGUUGAUCAAGAUAACCAUAAGUUUGAAGAGUGGUGCAUGGAGAUGGCCCACAUGAGAAAACAGAGUGUGGAUAAGGGCAGGGCCAAGCAUGAAGAGGUGAAAGAGCUCUACGACCUUUUACCUGCAAAAGAUGAAGAACUGUAUGAGUUCCUCCCCCUGGAGUGGCUGAAGAAGUGGCUCGACGAUUCAACUGCAACCAAGGAAAUUGACAACUCCAUCUUUCUUUGUUCCCACGGAAAACUCCACCCAGACAAUAUGGGGGAAAUCAAGAGGGUUUCUUUGGAAGCUGCAAAACUCCUGUAUGAGCGCUACGGCGGUGGGCCAAGACUUGAUGGUUCCUCUAUGUGCAGAGACUGUGUCAGCGAGCGAUGCAGGGUGCUGCGGCUAAAAAAACAACUCGACGAAGACUACAAAGAAAUUUCUAAUCUAGUAAAACGCACAACCAGCAGUGAUGGCUACUGGGUGGGUAAGACGUCUUUGCGCAGCUGGAGGCAGUUGGCUUUGGAACAGCUGGAAGAAGACGAGCAGGAAAGCAAACACAGCAACGGCCAGACCAAUGGCCAGGGACCACACAAUAACAACAAGUUUGGCAUGGAGGCCACCACUGAAGAUGAGACGAAAACUUUCAAUGAAGACAUCGUUUGCACUCAUGGAGCACUGAGUAUCCUGGAGACGGAGCGGAAGCUGGUAUCUACUGAAGUCUGGAUGAAGCUGAGAGAAUACUUCCCCAGAGCCCCAGAGUUCACCCACAUGCAGGAGCCGUGUCGACAGUGUCUGACUUUGGAGCAGGAGGAAAAGGACAAUGAGGCGGUCAGUAAGAUGAUGGCUCUUGAACAGAAGAACCAGCUGCUGAACCUGUUCCACGAAAAAAACCGACCGGUUCUUACCAAAUGGCCGCAGGGCACAGAUAAACUUUACAUAGUCCCUCUGUUUUUUGUGGAAGAGUGGAGAAAAUUUAUCAGGAGACCCACUAAAUCCUCUCCAGUGUCUAAUGUUGGCAACUCGCUGCUUCUCUGUCCUCACGGCGGCUUCAUGUUCACCUAUGACUCCCUAAUCAACGGAGAGGCCCAGCAUAUAGCUCUGCUGUGGCCGAGCGAAUGGGAAGUGAUCACCAGACUCUUCAUUGUUGACAAGCCAAUAGCAAUCCACUGUGUGAGACAGACAGAGAGCUCCAUGACGCAGUACACCACCCAGCCUGAUCUGUGCUGGGAAUGCAGAGAGAGUUUCUUAUUCCAGCAGCAGAGGGACUUGAGAGAGUACACCCAGGCUACUGUCUACGUCCGCAAAGUCAUUGAAGACAAAACAACGGCUAAAGACGGCACCCCAGAGCUGAACGCCUGCAGCUCUGAAGCAGAAGAGGAGAGGGAAGAGCUUCCAAAGGUGGAUGGAGAGAGAGACCCAGACUUCAGUCAGGCCCAAGACGCAGCGAAGCGGCUAAAGUUGAGCGACAGCACGGCGGCUGCGGUGGCUGCUCCUGCAGUCACCAACACCAUGAAACCAGGCAGCAUCAGACGAAGCACCCGCCACAGGAAACUCAGAGGAGAGAAAGCACUCAUCGUUUCAGCAAACCAGACACUAAAAGAGCUGAAAAUCCAAAUUAUGCACGCCUUUUCUGUGGCUCCAUUCGACCAGAACCUCUCUAUCGACGGGAAAAGUCUGACAGACGACUCAGCCACUUUAGGCAGCCUGGGCGUUAUCCCAGAAUGCAUCAUCUGUUUAAAGGCUGAUGAACCAGUUACAGAUUAUGCUGCCAUGGAUGAUGCCUAUCAAGUGAGAAUGCCUGAGGAGGGAUUUAAAGGUACGGGCCUCCUUGGUCACUGAGGAACGUUCUGCUGUAGCCAUAACUAAAUUCCAUGGAGGAGAAAUGCUUGAAUAUGUGAAGUGUCAAUAUAUAUAAAUAAGUGCUUUAAUUUUUUUAUGUUUUGGCUAGGUUUUCUUUAUUAAAACUGUGACUAUGUUGUAAAGAAUCUGUUUUCCUUUGCAUAAGGAUAGCUGGGUUUUUGAUAUAUUCUAAAGUUCAAAGUUUGUUCAUUUAAAAAGUGUGCGCUUACUUCAGUCUGACCAAUCCUGAGCAGGUUGGGGAAAAAAAGGGAAAGGACCUGUAGUUCUCCAAGUUGUGACUUCGGUUUAUUUCGACUGUCAGUCAAGAAAAUUAACAGUUUUUUUGUUUUUUUUUUUGUUUUUCUUUAUCUUUUUAAAUUAUAGUUUAAGAAAAACCUAAGGCGACGUUUCGUCUUUUCAUUAUGUGGAGGUUCUUGUACUCACUGUUCAAUUUCCAGAAUUGUCAAAACAAUGCACAAGUAAAUAUCACUGCUCUUAAAUGUUAGAACAUUUAUUAGCCCAACAUAACAUCAAAUCAGUACCAUACACAUUACCAGUCAGAAACAUGAAAAAAAAAAAAACAGCAGGAUAUGUAUAAAGGCUGUUUUUUUUUUUUCAUUAUUAUUUUCAACAGUUAAAAACGUGAAUUGAAAGUAAGAAAUGGAAGGCAAGUAGUUACAUGUCCAGCUCUUUUCACUGUUAUUUCUUAUGGACAAUAAAGCUAUUUUCAAGGCA